GCGAUAGCUCCUGCAUCAUAAUUCUGCCGUUGUCUCUGGGAAUUUACUGGAUCUCUGUUUUCUUUUUUUUUUUCUUGGGGGAAGGGCUCUGCAGAACUCCACGGUAGGGUUCAACACGCUUCUCAAUAUGGCUGACCCGACGUCCGCCUCAACCUCCCCCAAAAGAGGCCCCACGUUCUCGCUCCACGAUGGUGACACCGACUCUGACGGCGAAUUGGGUGCGCUGGACUCUCGAGGCGACAACAGCUCCGAGGGGUCAGGAGGGCAAACUCCCGGCGAUGCACCCGCGUCAGACGCAAACCCUUUGUCACCCCACAGCCAGGACCACGAUGGAGCGAGUCUGCAAGACGGCAUGCUUCCUCGCGACCUCCCCACAAGGACCGCCUUCUACGACCCUGUUGCGGAUCGCCAGAUGAGCCAGACUGACGCCAAACUGUUUUACCAACGUAGCCAGGUUGGUCAGCUGAAGACGGGUAGUGGUGUGUGGUCUCAAGGCCAUGCGACGCCCCACGGAAGCCCAGUCAUUGUCGGCUCUGAGCAUCGUGACGUUCCUGCCGGCACUCGGAAUCUCGACCAUCCGAUGGACUCAUCUCCCUUAGGUAAAGGAAAGGGCCAAGUAAGAGGCAAAGCUCUCGCACACGAAGAAAUGAUGCUGCCGGAACCGACGCAGCAGGCUGCCAGUGCAGAGCAUUUCUCGCCUACACGGAACCACCCUUUCCACGAAGUCGACCCCAGGCUUUUGAACAGUGAGUUCAGCAAUCUGGGCCUGGGCCACGAGCCUGGCCCAAGUAUUGGUAUUACGAACCAGCCUGCUGCGCUUGGCGUUGCUGCCUUCUCAGACACCGACCCGCACAUUACGGCCGAGCUCAGUGCCAUCUCGAAGAAUAUCCAGAGCAUCAUGGACCUACGAGAGAGAUACAUCGGGCUUUCUCUCCAAAGGCCUGAUGAUAAUCCUAGGGAUGAUCCUACUUGGUCGAUAUACCCACCUCCUCCCCAGCCAGCUUGGGGAGCCGAGCACGCCAGAGCUGUGGCUUCUGCCGAGCAUACCACUAGCAACGCCAAUAGCUUGAAUGGCAGCAUGGUCUUGCCAUCAUCUGCCACAGCAGCAAGUGACCACACAGGUCGUCGGGCACAGGAUUCCGAGGCUAAGCCCACAUCGAAGAAGCGGAAGCCUGGCCAAGACAUUGGAGAAGACUUCGAUAUGCAGGACCUGCUCCCAGUCCCCUCCGCCGACAAGAUGACUUUUAAGCUUGACGAUAGUGGUGUCUACCAAGUAUUCGAUGACACAGAGGCCGAGGCGAGAGGAAAUCCGGUCAUUCGGGUUCCUACUAUCCGAGAGUUUUACAUGGACCUAGAUCAAAUUCUGAGCAUUUCCUCAGACGGACCAAGCAAGAGUUUCGCAUUCCGUCGACUUCAGUAUCUCGAAGGCAAAUUCAAUCUUUACGCCCUCCUCAACGAGUACCAGGAGACUGCGGACAGCAAGAAAGUCCCCCACAGAGACUUUUACAACGUGCGCAAGGUUGACACCCACGUUCACCACUCUGCUUGCAUGAAUCAAAAACAUCUCCUGCGUUUCAUCAAGAGCAAGAUGAAGAAAUGCCCGGACGAGGUUGUGCUUUUCCGCGACGACAGGCACCUAACCCUAGCGGAGGUGUUCCAGAGUAUCAACCUCACCGCAUACGACCUUUCCAUUGACACUCUAGAUAUGCAUGCGCACACGGAUUCGUUCCAUAGAUUUGACAAGUUCAAUCUCAAGUACAACCCAAUUGGCGAAUCCCGGCUUCGCACAAUCUUCCUCAAGACGGACAACUUCAUCAACGGCCGUUAUUUGGCAGAAAUCACCAAGGAGGUCAUUGCUGAUCUUGAAUCGAGCAAAUACCAGAUGGUUGAAUGGCGCAUCUCCAUUUACGGAAAGUCCCUUGACGAAUGGGAUAAGCUUGCGGCCUGGGUUGUUGACAACAAGCUAUUCUCCCACAACGUACGAUGGCUCAUUCAGAUCCCUCGUUUGUACGAUGUGUACAAGGCCAGCGGGCUCAUGGACACUUUCGAACAGGUGGUCAAGAAUGUCUUUGAGCCCCUGUUCGAAGUCUCAAGAGAUCCCUCCAGCCACCCGAAGCUGCAUGUCUUCCUGCAGAGGGUGAUUGGGUUCGACAGUGUCGACGACGAGAGCAAAAUCGAGCGGCGCCUGUUCAAGAAGUUCCCGGUGCCUAAGGUUUGGGACUCGAAGCAAAAUCCUCCCUACAGUUACUGGCUUUACUACCUGUUCUCCAACAUGUCAUCACUCAACGCACUGCGCCAACGCCGGGGUUUCAACACGUUUGUGCUGCGACCACACUGUGGUGAGGCCGGUGACAGCGAGCAUCUGGCUGUGGCUCUCCUUUGUUGCCACAGCAUCAGUCAUGGUCUACUGCUACGCAAGGUUCCGCUUCUGCAGUACAUUUUCUAUCUUGAACAGAUUGGCAUCGCCAUGUCGCCGCUGAGUAACAACGCUUUAUUCCUUGCUUAUGAGAGGAACCCGUUUUACCAGUACUUCCGCCGGGGUCUCAAUGUCUCGUUGUCGACGGACGAUCCACUUCAAUUCGCUUUUACAAAGGAGCCUCUGAUGGAGGAGUACGCCGUGGCAGCCCAGAUCUACAAGCUAAGCCCUGUGGACAUGUGUGAACUCGCAAAGAAUUCAGUCAAGCAGAGCGGCUUCGAAAGUGCGAUCAAGGAGCAGUGGCUUGGACCCAAUUUCAAGCUUCCGGGCAAGGCAGGUAACGCCAUGGUGAAAACCAAUGUGCCUGAUCGCAGGGAAGAAUUCAGAUACCAGACCCUGAGGGAGGAACAUGACAUGCUUCACAAGUACAUCAACUACGGUGCCAAUGAAACCUCUGACUCGGCCGUCACAGCUGACCAGCAGAGUGUGGCUCAGAGCAUCAUCGGUGGGCACCACCCAGCGGUGCAACGCGUGCCGGCCAGCGCGGGUGUUGACAGUGACGCGGGUACCGGAGGUGGCCCGCAGAUGGCCGUCGUGGGAGGACCCAACAGCGCAGCAGUCCUUGAAGAUGAUGUAGUUGCCUCCCCUGCCAGUCUCGCACCUUCCGGAGAAGCAUCGUGGUCAACUGAUGGCCACACCUCGGGACGAGAUCCCAAAUUGUUUCCUGGUGUUUUCAGCCGGGGUAGAACAGGGAGUAGUCAGUGAGGUGACUAGCUGCGCUGACGUGGUGAAAGAGAUGGAGAAAAAAAAUCCGAGUCCGACAUGGGGGAAUGGAGAUCGGAGACAAGGUUAAGGGAAAGCAUUGGCUAAUGCGUUGAGAUACCUGGAUAUAAGACAUUUUACGGAUAUUCACGAUACCAUUCAUGUGUGCGAUAGUGAGUAAUUUG